AUGAAAAGAUCCAUACAUUACGGCCCUGUGGAGGAGGAGCCGUAUUCAGUCUUCUCGCUAUCGAAAAAACGAUGGAUUGUCACGUUGGCUUCAGUGGCCGCUUUUUUCUCGCCCUUUUCCAUCAACAGUUAUUACCCGGCAAUGAAUCAAAUUCAAGAGGAACUUCAUGUUUCAUCGCAAGAAGUGAAUCUUUCCGUGACGGUAUACAUGAUUUUUCAAGCUAUCACGCCUUCCAUCUGGGGCUCGAUGGCCGAUAAUCAAGGUCGACGCCCUGUCUAUCUGUUGACACUUUUCAUCUAUAUCCUGUCCAAUAUUGCCCUGGCUUUAUCCGUGAACUAUCCCAUGCUGCUUAUCUUUCGUAUGCUUCAAGCCUUCGGAGCCAGUUCCGUCGUGGCUAUUGGCGCCGGCACCAUUGCUGAUAUUACUGUACCCGAAGAACGCGGUGGCUACAUUGGAUGGUUUUCACUAGGGUUCACCCUUGGCCCUGUACUAGGUCCUGCUAUUGGCGGCUUCAUUUCUCACCUACUCGGUUGGCGUUGGAUUUUCUGGUUCUUGGCCAUUGUAUGCAGCGCCCAUUGGCUGUUGAUGGUCUUUACGUUCCCAGAAACACUUCGAUCCAGAGUAGGCAAUGGUACGGGGUACGCCAAUCCGACCCCGCAACAAUGGUGGCAUCACCGAAAAGAACGCAAACAACGCGAAAAACAAAUCCAAAUGCAAUCCAUUGACUCUGACGCACAGAGUAUAUCUGACACUGCUUCUACGCAUACAAUGGUGGAUCCUGAAGCGCAUCACAGCAAGUGGUCCUGGUUGAUGGCGCCUCUUCGACCGCUCAUGUACGCAAAAGAAAAAGAUGCUCUUCUCCUGGUCAUUGUCAAUGCAUUCCAGUAUGCCGCCGUUUACACCGUCACUUCCACGCUGCCAUACUUGUUUAGCCGCUUGUAUAAUAUGAAUGACGCCAUCAUGGGCGUUUCAUAUCUUCCCAAUGGAUUUGGCUCUGUCUGUGGCUCUGUCCUUCAAGGUCGACUCCUAAAUCGACACUAUCGAAAUAUGCGCAAACGAACCAUUUUGCAAGGAAUCCCCGACGAUGAAUUCCCGCUGGAAUAUACUCGAUUGCGUACAUUUUGGUUUUAUGCCCUUGUGUAUAAUAUAGCUAUGAUCGCUUAUGGCUGGUGCCUUUACGUGAGUGCUCCGUUGGCCGUUGUCUUGGUGAUCCACUUUUUCUUUGGUUUCACAUCGCAGGCUAUUUUCAAUUCGAUCCAAACUUUGUUUGUCGAUCUUUUCCCUGAUAAUUCCGCCACGAUUACGGCUUGCAACAACUUUUUCCGUUGCUUGUUUGGUGCUUUAGCCACCGUGGUGAUUUUGCCCGUCAUCCUUGCCUUGGGUCCAGGGUGGGCUUACACCGUGGUGUCGGCCAUUUUGCUGGUUUCUCGCUUGCUCGUUUUCGUUGUGAUGCGUAAAAGUCCCGGCUGGCGUCGUGAACGUGAAAAGCGCAAAGCGGAAGAUGCUGCUGCCAAACAUGAUACCUCUUCCCCUCCUUCUUCUCCUUCCCAAUAA